UGUCUGAAAUAAAUCGCAACACUUCACGGCAGUUUCGGCAGCUUAACACGGUUAAAAAGAGCAAAAUGAUCAUCAAAGUAUUUGCAGCCUGUGUGGUGCUUGUAAGUGGUCUUCUGGGUGUCACCUGUUUAAAAUGUACCACCCAUUGGUUUGAUCGUGAUGACCCCAGUGGGAAAGGAGACUAUGAGAAUUUGUCUGAUCUUCUCAAAGAGUAUCCUGGGUUAAUAUGUCCUAAUCCAACUGGAAUUGAGGUUCAGACCGUCUCCGGCCAACCAGCCUCCCAAACUGGAGACAUCUUCCAAGUAAAUGAUGCCACUGGUGGGUUUGCAUGUGUAAAUGCAGACCAAAAUGGAAAGCAGUGUGCUGACUAUAGAGUGCGCUUCACUUGCCCAGAGAUGUUUUGCUCAGUUUGCAGGACAUCUUGGUUGGAUCGAGAUGACCCCUCAGGCAGAGGAGACGAUGAGACACUGUCGGAUAUUCAUGUGACAUAUCCAGGGAAAGUUUGCUCUCAGCCCAUUGCUAUUGAGGUUACAACCAUUAGUGGGACCCCAGCACUGCAGACCGGAAACAUUUUUCAUGUGUACGAUCCGUUACAAGGCUUUGCCUGUGUGAAUGAGCAACAGACAGGCAGUUCCUGUCAGGACUACAUGGUCCGCUUCACAUGUCCUCAGAUAUUUUGCAAGUAAUGGGCUUCCAUCCCCUACAUAAUAAAUGGAAAAAGUUCAGAUUUUUUCCAUUUAUUUUUUCUGCAUGAUUAUUCUUUUCAUACUAUAAUCUGUUUUGUGAAACAACAACAAAAAAAGAUGAGGCAUUAGUCGGAGUCUGAAAUAUAAGGAAGUAUAUCUAGACAAUGGAUGUACAGUAAUGCAGCAACUUGUUAUCUGUUAGUUACCCUCAGUUUAUAGAAACUGUUAAACUGACCAAUCAAAUCUCGUUUCUUGCCUAGUAAGAGUGGAGGUAUGAUCAUGACAUGAUCAAAAUCAUACAGUGUUAUUUUUGCCCAUGCAUCUAUCCUAUAUAAACUGUUUUGAUCUUUUGUCUGGUUGGGAUGUUUUGUCUGAGUUUUUCCUGUUUUGAGAACAUCUCAAACAUAUUUGAGUUAAUAAAGCAUUUUGA